AAAAAGCUGGCUUGACCGUCACUGUGAAUACAGACAUGACCAAAACCAUCGAACACCAGCAGGAUAUUUCUUAUCUAUCGCAGAUAAUUUAAACGAAGUUUCCCCUCAUUAUUCUGUUGCAGUUGGGACUGUUGACAUAAACUAACAAAAUGAGCAACGAUACUGAAGUGGGUAUGAAAGAUGUGGAGCUCAAUGAGGUGGAGCAGGAGAAGCAGCCCAUGACAGAGGGGGAAGCUGGAAAUAAUUAUGCUAUCUCGCCUGUAUCCGAGAAGAAUGGCAUUGUAAAGGUGAAGAUUCCAGAUGAGGAGAGCAAAUUCACUGGGUUAUCCAAAGAAGAACUCAUGAAAGUAGCUGGAACACCAGGGUGGGUUAAGGUUCGUUGGGCACUUCUUAUCCUGUUCUGGCUUGGUUGGCUGGGCAUGCUAGCUGGUGCGAUUGCCAUCAUUAUUCAAGCUCCUCGAUGCAAACCCCUCCCUGAGAUGAACUGGUGGAACUAUGGACCACUGUACCAGAUUGGAGAUGUGAACUCCUUUACAAAGUCUUCAGAUCUGAAAGGUUUGGCUGAAAAGGUUCAGGCGAUGGAUGAGUUGAAGGUGAAGGGUCUGAUCAUUGGCCCGAUCCAUGUGUCCAGUGCCGAUGAGCCUGAGGAACUGAAAUUGACUGAGAUUUCUAAAGAGGCUGGUAAUCUGAUACAGUUUCAAGAACUCAUUAAGGCUGCACACAAGAGAGGUAUCUCUGUUGUUUUGGACCUGACCCCUAACUAUAAAGGCAAAGAGCCCUGGUUUACUGAUGCUGUCAGCACUGUGGUCAAACUUGAGUCUGCUCUGAUGCAUUGGCUAGGAGAAGGUGUAGAUGGAUUCCUCUUCUACGGCGUUGAGAAGGCUUCCACUGCAGCCCCGUCCCUUUGGGAGGAUGUUGAAGUCCUUAUCCACAACCAGACGGAAUCUGUGGAAAAAAAGAAAAAGGUCUUGAUUGGUGUUACGGAACAGACCUCUCCUGAUGAUGUCAUUGCUGUGUUAAACAAAACUGGUGUGGACCUGCUCCUCACUGAUGCUUUAAGAUCCACAUCUGCUCUGGACGUUGCCCAUACUGUUGAUCGCUUGUAUUCCACUUACGGUCAGACCAGACUGGCUUGGAACAUAGGUGGGCGUAUUGCUGGACACCUGGCUUCACUGGUGGGGUUUGCCAAAGUCAAGUUGAGUUACCUGCUGCUGCUCACUCUGCCAGGCACACCAGUGUUUAAUUAUGGGGAUGAGAUUGGACUGCAAGAUGAGGUGACCAAAAACCCGACCAUGGUAUGGGAAGACUCUCAAGAAAAUCUGACAGUGAGCAAGAUGGAUGAAACAACCACUUUCCGUAAGUUCUUCAAAUCUGUGAGUGAAAAAAGGUCGAAAGAGCGCUCUUUGCAGCACGGAGAAUACUUGCCUUUGUUCAACUCUACCUCCGCCAUGGCCUAUGUGCGAAGCUGGGACCAGAAUGAGCGCUACAUUAUUGCACUCAACUGGCACUUGGAAGAAACUGUCACUCUUCAGCUAAAGCAUGCUGAGAUUCCUGAACAUGCUACAGUAGUGUUCAGUACUAGUGAUGGUAAACAAGUUGAUGAAGUGCUUAACCUUGCACAACUAGAGGUGAAGCCAGGACAGGGUAUAAUGCUGAAGUUCCCUUACACUCCCUGAAGACGUUGUAAACUCUCAGUUAGUGUGAGGAUGUUGAUUUUACAAGUGUUUGUUUGGCCGUUCUGUUACACUAUUAAUCCUUUAGUACAAAAACACUGGCAUAUAUCAUCACAUUGUACUGUUACAUGCAUCACAUGCACUACAUGACUACUAAACUGAACUUUUAAGUUGGUAGUUUUAUUUUAUGCUGUUACUUGGAAUACAUUCCAUAGGAAGAAAAAUUUGUUUUUAUUUUGAACCUUAUGUUUUUAAUGUAGUGCAAUUCUAAACACAAAUGUUCAACUUCAAUGGCUGUUACUUUAUAUGUAAUGGGGAAAAAGAUGUUGACAAUAAAUUAAGUGGCGCAGUUCA